AUGGCGCCUCCAACUCAGCUUCCUACUCGCAAGUUGGGUCGCAAUGGCCCUGAGAUUCCAGCUGUUGGCUUGGGCUUGAUGGGAAUGAGUGUGGCUUACGGAACCCCUGGGUCUGACGAAGAUCGUCUUAAGGUUCUUGACCGUGCUUGGGAGCUGGGGUGCGUGAACUGGGACACGGCGCACAUGUAUGGCGAUAGUGAAGAGCUCUUGGGCAAGUGGUUCGAUCUACAUCCGGAGCGGCGCCAGGACAUCUUUUUAGCCACCAAGUUUGGAUUGUCUGCGCAGCUGAAAACCGACAGCAGUCCCGAGUACUGCAGAGAGCAGUGCGAGACGAGUCUUAGGCGCCUCAAGUCGAGCUACAUCGAUUUGUUUUACAUCCAUCGUGUGGACGGCAUCACACCUAUUGAGAAGACGGUUGCUGCCAUGGCUGAACUGAAGAGGGAAGGCAAGAUUCGAUAUCUGGGAAUUUCUGCACCAUCUUCAGAGACCCUCCGCCGUGCUUGUGCAGUAGAGCACAUUGAUACGAUGCAGGUCGAGUAUAGCCCUUGGUCAUUGGAGGUUGAGGGUCCCGAAAGCACAAAUCUCCUCCAAACAUGCCGAGAGCUUGGGAUUACGACAUUUGCCUACUCGCCGUUGGGACGAGGAUUUAUGACGGGACAGAUCAAGUCUUUAGAUGACAUCCCGCAGGGGGACUUGCGCCGUCUUGUGCCACGGUUCAACGCGGAGAACUUUCCGAAAAAUCUCAUCCUUGUAGAAAAGUUCAAAGAGCUCGCAGCCAAGAAGAAGUGUACCCCGGGCCAGCUUGCCAUAGCCUGGCUCAUGGCCCAAGGAGAGGAUGUGAUCCCAAUCCCGGGGACCAAGAACAUCAAAUACCUCGAGGAGAAUGUUGGUGCAGCCUAUGUGCUUCUAUCGAAGGACGAGGAAGCAGAGGUCAGAAGCUGGGUUAGCGACAUCGGCGUUUCAGGCCUCCAGAUGGCCCCAGGAGUAAUCACAGACUACGGAAACACUCCGCCGCUCGAGUAG